AAAAUACCCCUUUGUAAGUUAUAACCCCAUUUUCUCAAUCAAUGCGUUUUCCUUAAUUCUGCGUCACGCUCACGCUUGUGACUAAGUAUAAAUAGAGCGCCAAUAACACUAAAUUGAAACCAUCGACACAAAAAAACCAAUAACUAACAAACACGAACGCUUCAGAGUAGAAAAGAAAAAGACUAUGGAGGCGAAGGAUAACGGACCUAACCAACGACCUUCAAAUGGAACCAUAAAUGGACCUACAAAUCCUAUGGUCACUCCUCUUCUCAAUGAUCUCUACCAAUUCACUAUGGCUUAUGCUUAUUGGAAAGCUGGCAAACAUCAAGAACGUGCUGUGUUUGAUUUGUAUUUUCGGAAGAAUCCCUUUGGUGGAGAGUAUACUGUUUUUUCUGGUCUGGAAGAAUGCAUAAGGUUCAUAGCUAAUUUCAAACUCACUGAUGAUGAAAUUGAUUUUGUUAGACAGAGUUUGUCUCCUGCUUGUGAGGAUGCAUUCUUUGACUAUCUUAGAGGACUUGACUGCUCUGAUGUUGAGGUGUACGCUAUUCCCGAGGGAUCAGUCGUUUUUCCUAAGAUACCCCUGCUUAGAGUUGAAGGUCCAAUUGCUGUCGUUCAAUUGCUGGAAACUCCUUUUGUGAAUCUAAUAAAUUUUGCAUCAUUAGUUUCUACUAAUGCUGCAAGGCACCGCAAAGUUGCUGGAAAAUCCAAAACCUUACUUGAGUUUGGGCUACGAAGGGCUCAGGGGCCUGAUGGUGGAGUAGGAGCAUCAAAGUACUGUUAUAUUGGUGGAUUUGACGCAACAAGCAAUGUUGCAGCGGGAAAGUUAUUCGGGAUACCGCUUCGUGGUACGCAUUCCCAUGCCUUUGUUAGCUCAUAUAUGAGCCUUGAUGAGAUUACAGACAGGUCACUUCGUAGAAAAGAUGGUUCAAGUACAUGUGAAGAUUUUGUUAGUCUGGUUCAAACAUGGCUGAGCAAAAUUCAGUUGUUUAAUGGUGUUUUUGGUGAGACCAAUCAAAGUGAGUUGGCAGCAUUCACGUCAUAUGCUUUGGCAUUUCCUGAUAACUUUCUUGCCCUUGUAGACACAUAUGACGUGAUGAGAAGUGGAAUCCCCAACUUCUGUGCAGUUGCAUUAGCUCUUGGUGAUUUAGGAUACAAAGCAGUUGGCAUUAGAUUGGAUUCUGGUGACCUUGCAUAUUUGUCUUACGAGUCCAGGAAGUUCUUUUGCUCCAUUGAGAACGAAUUUGGGGUGCCUGGAUUUGGGAAGUUGAUAAUCACUGCUAGUAAUGACCUCAACGAAGAAACAUUAGAUGCUUUAAAUAAACAGGGUCAUGAGGUUGAUGCCUUUGGAAUUGGUACCUACCUGGUCACAUGUUAUGCUCAAGCUGCCCUGGGUGUUGUUUUCAAACUGGUUGAGAUUAAUAAUCAGCCUCGUAUUAAACUUUCUGAAGAUGUGUCAAAGGUCUCUAUCCCUUGUAAGAAGCGAUCCUAUAGGUUGUAUGGGAAAGAAGGUUAUCCCCUGGUAGACAUAAUGACUGGAGAAAAUGAACCCCCUCCAAAGGUUGGAGAAAGAAUUCUGUGCCGUCAUCCCUUCCAAGAAUCCAAGAGAGCGUAUGUGGUGCCACAGCAGGUUGAGGAGCUUCUAAGGUGUUACUGGCCUGGGUAUUCAGGUAAAGAGAGGGAAACUUUACCGCCACUAAAGGAAAUUAGAGAGCGAUGCAUCAAUCAACUUGAGCAAAUGCGACCUGACCACAUGAGGAAACUUAACCCGACUCCAUAUAAGGUUAGUGUAAGUGCAAAAUUAUAUGACUUCAUUCAUUUCUUGUGGCUCAAUGAGGCACCAGUUGGGGAGCUGCAGUAAUAACAAGCCAAAUAAAAUGGCAUACCUUGAGAACCCAGUGGACAGGGCAAAAAGGAUUUCGAUAGAAAUUUCUCUCAUAGAGUAUAGAUGUAUUCAAUGUGUUUUGACUGUUUUCAAAUUAUUUGAUUCUGUGUAUUUAAGUUGUUGGAAGAACCAAUAUUCUUUUAAGGCCAUGGUGCAAAUAAUCCAUCUUAGCCGUUGCUCACAUUGCUAUGAAAUAAAUAAUGUAUUAUAUGGCUAAACUUCACAUGAAAUUGAUUGUGUCAUUGUUACAGUUUUCUUGAAGUUGUUGAUGAAA